AAAUAUCGAAGGUUAUGUUAGGUCAGGCCGAGGCGGAGGAGGUGUCAAGUGAUGUAAACCAUGUCGAUUUAUUCGUGACAAGUGACGUGAAGGGAUUUGAUCGAAAUAUAACAUGACAAAAGCACGUAACUUAUAUUGUUGAUAAUAAUAAUCUGGAGGGAGAGAGACGACUGUCUUUUACAAUGGCUGAUAAUAAUUUAGUAAAGGUUUUCGCAGCCGAGGACUUUAACCCAGAAAAAUUUGUGAAGGAACUCAGCGCACAAUGCAUUGGUGCAGACGAACUGAGGCAACAGCGUGCAAAAAUACAAGAACUGGCAAAUAACACAUCUGCUCAAUUGAAAAGAAAUGUAUAUCAAAAUUAUAUGCAAUUUAUUGAGACUGCCAAGGAGAUUUCACAUCUGGAGAGUGAAAUGUAUCAAUUGUCACAGCUUUUGAGUGAACAACGCGCUUUAUUAAGCAUGCUAGGAUCUACCAGAACAGCAGGCGUUGUCUUUGAAGAUUUGUCACAGCAAGAGAAUUCUGCUAAUUCCGUAUCUAAGGAAGAGGAACAAAAGCAAAAACUCAUUCAAUUGAUUGAAAAUGUUGAAGGGGCUCUGAGCUUAGCUGAAACUCCAGGACGUAUAUGCUUACACGAAGGUUCCCUGCUUGAGCUAGAUCCCAUCGAGGGAACACCAUUAAAGAGAAUUCACGCAUAUUUAUUCAAUGAUGUUUUGAUGAUUGCAUCUUGGCUGGCAAAUGGCGGCAGGCGUGGUCCGCCUAGAUAUAAAAUGCAAGCGGUUUAUAAUCUUGAAAGCCUAGCGAUUGUCAAUGUGAGGGAUCAUGGCACAGUUAAACUGGCCUUCAAACUAUUGGCGUUUUCUGACACAAGGGUGUUUCAGUGCCCUACAGCGACAAGUAAAAAAGAAUGGUUAGAUAAGUGCGAGCAAGCAAAAAGAGCAAAGCUAGCAGAGGAGAAUUCGACUGAUAAUGCGCCGGAUAACGAUAAACAUCCAAAAGAAGACAAAGCAGCGCCGUCUCGUUCAAUGUCGUUAGAUUCCAAUACAUUAGGCAUGGAUGACGAUGACGAUUCGGAAUAUCACGAACCGCCUCCAGAGUGGGUGCUGGAAGUAGCCGAAGAUCUGGAUUCCUGCAUAGCGCAACGUCAUUUUGAAGAGGCUUACAGUUUACUAGAAAAAGCAAAAGUCUAUCUGAAGGAUGCUCAACCUAUACCGUUACUGACGGAGAUCCAGACGAAGGUAAAUGACAGAGGUCGGUCGUUGGUCAAUGUACUAACCAAGGAACUAGAAUCGAGUGCCGAAGCAAAGUCGUUACAAGGAGGCGGGUUGAGAAGCGCGCGACGUACAGUUAAACUUCUGAUAAAGUUGAAUAGGAGCGCUCAAGCAUGCCAUUUGUAUCUACGAUUAUGUAGCGCGGUAUUGAAGGCGCGAUUGAAGAGGAUUAAACGAGAAAGCACAACCAUGGCUUAUGUAAAGCAACUCAGCGCGAUUGCCUUCAGCAAUAUAGUAGAAAUAGCGAGAGAAUUCUUAAAAACCUUUCCUCAAUCUGCAAAUUGUACUUCCGGUUUAAUUGUAUGGUGCAGUCAAGAAGUGAAACAUUUAACGUCGCACUUGGCUGAGCAACUUUUUGUACCGCAAAUCACUUUAAGCGUAUUGGUAGAAUGCAUUGUUGCUGUUCGAGGUCACUGUGAUCAACUAACUCAGCUGGGCAUGGACUUUCGUUAUCAGUUAGAUGGACAAAUCAGAUCUCCAUUAGCCAAAGCCAUUCAAGAUGCAGGAGAGAGUUGCGUCGAUACGAUGAAGCGUCAUGUGGCAGAGGAUACUUGGCGACCGACAAAUCUGGAAACUAGUCAAAAUCUCCAGAAACUAUUAUCAGAGCUCGACGAGCUUGGUAUUGGCGUACCAUCGUCAUAUGCAACAAAUGACUGUUGGAUACCGUUGACACACAAUACAUUAACCUUCUCCAAGAUUUAUAUCAGUCUAUUAGAAGAUUGCCUCAGCGUAGCUAUACCCGAGCUUAUGUCUACGAUAGAUAACGCAUUAGUAUCCGUAAUGCGGGUCGAAGUUCAACAUUUGAUUGUUUCGCUUACGGAUCCGAAAUUAAAACAAGAGCGAAAAUUAGUACAAAAUAAUGCAGCGUAUGUACGAGACAUUAUUAUCGCUCGAGGAAUGGAAUUGUACAAAUCCGUGACAAAUCAAAAAUUCACAAAGCUGCUUACCCUGAAAGAACAAAUUGUAUUCGAAUCUCCAUCGCCUACAAAGCCGAAACCAGCUCCGAGAACAUCAAUUCCUAAAUACUCUACUACAGAAUAUCUUUAGCUAAAAUAAAAAUAUCAUCACUUGAUUUAUAGGUGAGGGAAAAAUGUCACAGGAACAAAUGUUUGUAUAUGUAUAUCAUACAUACACUAUAUGUAUGUAAUGUACCGG